UCAUUGCCAGAGCAAUCAUUCUCCCGUGUCCAUGGCGGUCUAGGGUUGCUCAGAUCAGACUCGGACGCCUAGGGCAGGUUUACGAUCCCUUUUCUUACCCCAAGCUAGGGUUUUCGCCUUUUAAUUGUUAACUCCGUCGAUGUCCGAUGAGACGUUUUAGACGAUGGCUAGCAAUGAGGAUGCUCAAUGCGCUUUAGCUUUAACAAACGACGACUUACUCGUUACUUCUGGCAAAUGACGAUGCUCACUGCUAACAAUUGAUGUUAGGAAUGACAACAGCCUGGUACUCGUCAACUAUGGCAUUGCUCAAUACUCGUUGAAAAUGUCGAUUCUUAUCAUUCAUUGUAAUGGUGACGCUAGCACUGGGGAGAUGCACUGCCGCUUAGCAAUGGCGAUGCUCAUGCUUUAAGUUCUUUCGUUGAACCUGCCCGUCGGUCAUCACCAAAGCUCAGCUAACCAACAUCCCAAAGGAGGCUAGGGGUCACUGACAUGACAACCACUAAACGCGCCGGACGCAGUGACCUAGGCUAAGUCCGUCCGUCGGUCAAUCAUCGAAGCUCAGUUAGCCAGCAACACAUCGGACCGUUAAAUCGGAGCCAUGGCGGGGUCGUUCGACGACCCGGAUUUAGCGGUGGAGGACUACAUUCCCAAGGACAAGGAAGACAUGCAGCUGAUGCGGGAAAGAUGGUCCAAGCUGCUGCUGGGAGACGAUCCCUCCGGGGGAGCUAAGGGGUGCGGGCCUGCUCUUGCCAUGGCCAACGCCAUCACCAGCGUCUCAGCAUCCAUUUUCGGCGACGGCCUACGACUGCGGCCGUUACCAGAGGAGGACGAACGCAAGUGGCGGCGGGAGAUGGGCAUCAUGGUGUCGGUGUGCCGCCACAUAGUCGAGCUGGCACCUGCAUGGACCACCCGGCCUGACGGCUCUAGAUUUGAGGUGAUGCGUCGCAGUGUGCGAGCGGACCUUCGGAUUCAGCUGCCGGCACUCAGCCAGCUCGAUACUAUGCUGCUGACCAUUCUGCAGCACAGCCAGUCGGACGAGUACUACUACGAGGACGAGCUGCCAGGGGGCGAUCUAACCCAGGAGGACGGUGAGGAGGAGGAGGAUGAGGAAGAGGAAGAUGAGACCGAACGCGGUGACGAUGAUGUUGAUGAUGAUGAUGAUGAUGAUGACGACCGAGAGAGCUUUGGAGAGGGGAGCAUAGGAGGAAGCAGCAGUGGCAUGGGCGGUAUGGGCGGCAUGGGGGGGUCGGCAGGGGACCUUUACGGCGCGGCAGACAAGCCGUUCAGGCGCAGUGCUACAGCCCCGUCCGAGCGACCCGCUACUAGCGCUGGCCCGUAUGGGUCCGGAGGAACGGGUGGGCGGCUAGGAGGGGGUGGUGACGGAGGGGAUAGGGGAAGGGGAGGGGGGCGGGGAGGGAGCCAUGGGCAUGGGUCGGGGCAUAACUCUGUCCAUGGGUCAUCAACGCGUGGGUCGUCGACACGAGGGUCGUCAGCACAUGGGUCGUCAGCUGACGAGGAGGAGUUUGUGGAUGAUGAGGCGCGCUUCAGCCAGGCGGGGGAAUUUGACGGCGUGGGGCAGCAGCAGCACAGGCUUGGCUUGGGCUCAUCGCCUGGAUAUUGCGCUGAGAGGCGGGGCAGUGAGGAGGACUUUCAGCAACAGCAGAUGCAGAUGCAGCAGCAGCGGGGAGGGGGAGGAGGGGAGGGAGAGGAUGCAUGCAGCAGUGGGAGUAACACGGGGAGUAAUGCUGGGAGUGCCACGGGCAGCAGAGGGGGAUCGAGUCCGAAUCCCGGCUCGUCUUGGGGCUUCCACCAGCGGUCCAGCAGUGCGGCCACUCCUGCUGCUGCUGCUGGUACUGCAGCCAGUGGGAGCACAGGAGCAGGUGGAUACGCAGGUGGAUCUUCAGGUGCUCCUUCGGGUGUUUUUUCAGGUGGUUCUCCAGCCUCGGGCAAGCGGCGGGUGUCGUCGCGGUCCUCCAGUUUCAGCUACGACUUCUCGGCUCUUCUAGGGGGCGGAAGGAGCCGCGGGGGAUCCAUCACUGCUGCUGCUGCAGCAGCAGCUGGGGUAGGGGGGACAGGAGUGGGGGGGGGCAUCCCUUCUGGUGGUGGUGGUGCUAGUGGGGGUCUCAUGAGGGGACUCAAACGAAGUGUGACUGAUGUGAGGGACAAGAGGAUCACUCCAGAAGCCAUGGGAGGGCCACAUGACGGGGGAGGAAUGGGAGGAGGCGGAGAUGGGGGAGGCGGCAACCAGGUGUGGCGGUGGCGGAUGAAGCCGCAGGUGCGGGGCCCGCUGGGGGAGGCGCUGGUGCGGUGGCUGGAGCAGCAGAUGGAGAAGACGAGCCAGAUCAUGAAGCUCGCCAUGACCAUCAACCAGCAGGUGCUCCAAGACAUGGAAGUCCCAGAAGCGUUUGUGCAGCGCCUGCCCAAGAACGUGAGGGCGGUGGUGGGCGACAGGGUGUAUGCAGCGCUGCAUGCCAACCCAUUCACUGACGAUAAGCUCCUAUCAACAGUUGACCUUUCUAACCAGAAAGCGGCACUCAAGCUCGCCUGCAAGCUGGAGGCGGCUGAACAGAUCUGGAUGCGGCAGCUGUCGCUAGCAAGAGACCCCCAGCUGAGCCACACAUUCACCAGCAGCAGCCGGGACGCGGUGCGAUUGGAGGAGAGCCUUCAGCGCGUGUCCUCCUGCCUUGCUGCCAUCCGCCGGCGCUGGCCCGACCUGCCACAAACAACUCUGGAUUUCGCAAAGAUCGCUUUUAACGGGGACAUAGGCAAAGCGGUCCUUGAGAGCUAUUCCCGCGUGCUCGAGGGAGCGGCGUCCAACAUCCGGUCUAGGAUCCGCGACGUGCUGCACGCCAACUACCUCUUCUUGAACCCGCAGCAGUUCAUGGACCUGCCGUGCGACCCGCACCCACAGGGCCUGCGCCACCCGACCUUCAGCGUGCUCAUGCCGGAGACCGUCUUCGAUGCCGUCUCCCUCUCCAGCGACAACAGCGAGUCCACCAACGGUAGCGUGCGCUCCUUCGACUCCAGCCGCAGCGGCGGCAGCACCCGCUCGCCCUCUGCCAGUCCCAGCCGGCCGGUGCAGAGAGAUAGGUUUCUGAGGCGCACCGGGUCGUUGCAACCCACGGGGCGGCGGGGGAAUCGGUCGUUUGGAAGGAGCCAAAGCGGGGGGGUGGCAGAUGAAGUCAUGAUGGGGAUGGAUGGGAUGGGCGGCGGUGGGGGCAUGAUGAUGGGUGGCGGUGUGGGAGGAGUGGGGGGAGGAGGAGGAGGAGGAGGGCGUGGAGGGGGAUCGCCUGGUUACCAAGUUUCACCAUCACGAGGACAGGUGCAAUUUUCGCCAGGUGCUGGGUUGCCGCCUCAGCCUCCAGCGAGGACUCGAUCCGCCAGUGCAGACUGGAGUUGACCCUCUGAUCCUGAUUUUUUUUGUCUUUUUUUUUUUUUUUUUUUUUUUUUUUUUUUUUACGUUUCUUUUCCUAACGAGCAAUGCUGCAUUAUAUUCAGACAAGGCAAAGGGGGUAUUUAUUCAUAUACU